UAUACUGGAAUACAUAACCCUCUCCGCCAAUAAUUUCUCUCCCCCACUCUCUCUCUCUCUCUCUCUCUCUCUCUCUCUCUCUAUAUCUAUAUAUAUAUAUAUAUCGUCUUUGUGUCAUCAGAAUUAAUUAAUUUCCCCCAAACAAACCCAGCUGUAAGAGAGAAGCCUAGGUAGCUAGCUAGAAUCCACAUACACUAAUACAACAAUGGCAUCAUCGCCGGAAUAUUCCUCCCCGAAAGCAGCAGCCGCCGGCGACACCCCGACGGCGAACGGCGGCGGCGUAGGGAAUCCUCCGGUUGAGCUGGUGCUGAUACACGGGCUGGGGAGCGGCGCGUGGUCGUGGUACAAGGUGAAGUGUCUUUUGGAGAACAGCUGUGGUCAUAAGGUGACGUGUCUUGACCUUACGAGCGCCGGAAAAGACCAAACUGACCCCGCCGACGUCCACACCUUCGCCCACUACAAUAAACCCCUCAUCGAUUUCCUCUCCUCCCUCCCCACCAACCACAAGGUGAUCCUGGUGGGUCACAGCGCGGGUGGACUUAGCCUGAGCGAUGCAAUAAACCAGUUUGGAUGUAAGAAGAUUAAGGCUGCUGUGUUCCUGGCAGCCACCAUGUUAAAACGUGGCUUUCAUGCUCCCCAGGACCUCAAAAUAGGAAUACCAGAGAGAUUUGGAGGAGGAAAAGGAGACGACAAAUCAUCAUCGGUGCCAGCUGUCAACUAUGAAGAUCAACAGCAACAAAGUCUCCUACUCUGCCCAUUGGAGGACGUCGUAUUGUCGGCAUUAUUGGAGAGGCCGGGGCCACUCCCGGCUUUAGCAUCGAGUAAGUUUGAGGAGGGUGAGGACGCGGACAAAGUGCCGAGAAUAUAUAUCAAGACAAAGUACGACAAUGUCUUAAAGCCGUGGCAACAAGAAGCGAUGAUCGAGAAAUGGCCUCCCGAGGAUAUUUAUGUGAUGGAUAGCGAUCACAGCCCUCUAUUAUCGAAUCCGAUUAAGCUUUCGGGAUUAUUGCACAAGAUUGCCCUUAUUUAUGGAUGAAUAAUAAUAAUAAUAAUAAUAAUAAUAAUAAUAAUAAUAAUAAUAAUAAUGACUACUUUUAUUUAAUUUGGGGUGAUUAUGUCUUAUUGUAAUAAUUUAGUUAAAGCUUUCUUAACGAUCCAUUGAUUCAAUGUAGUUCAAUUUAUGUUAUAUUUUAAUUUAAUUAGUAAGUAAAAG